GAAGAAAGAGCCUGGGUUGCAGCUUUUGUCAUCGAGUUUAUUGUCAUCUUUUUACUAAAUGCUUUCACUCUCGCCAUCUACACAAGAAACCGUCACUUACGCAAGCGCAGUACGUACCUGAUAAUAAAUCUGACUGUGGUUGAUUUACUGGUGGGAACAGUGGCCGGACCUUCCAUAAUAUUCGAACCAGACAACCUGAAGACGGAUCUGGGUCUUGAACAAGAUUUUAGUUGGCAAUCAUUCGUUUAUCUCACAUUACGGGGGCUUUUUUUAGUUGCUUCAUUAGUUAAUAUUUCAUUGAUUUCUCUAGAGAGGUUACACGCAACACUUUUCCCCUUUAGGCAUUGUCUUGUUGGAAAAAGGGUUUACCUAAUCACUAUUUUGUGUAGUUGGUUGUUUUCCUUGAUUUUGUCAUCCGUUAUCGUCCUUCUUCGUUUGCGCCUAUCGCCUGCACAUCUGUAUGUCAUUUUGUCGUACUCUUUUCUCUCCCUUCUCAUUCUCACAGUUUCAUGUGCUAUAAUCAUCUCAACUGUCAAACAAAAUCCUCUCUCGCCUAAUGCUGGACCAGUUCUUUCAACAGAAAGGAAACUAACGGUGACUUUAUGUAUAGUUACUGUGGUUUCUUUUCUGACCAUUCUUCCUUGGAUUAUUUGGACUGUUAUCCACUACCACAUAUGGAGUAAAGUACAUGUAGGCCAUGCAGUACUUUACCGCAUCAGAGACUCGUUUUAUGUACUACAUUUGUUCAGUUCUAUAGUCAAUCCCCUAAUAUAUGCAGUAAGAAUGCAAGAGUUUAGGAAAGCAGCCAGAAAAUGUUUUUGUAUUAAGACACUAGAACUAACAAGAGUCCAACCCAUGGAA